AUGGCUAAGAAACGUCCGAAAAAAAGAAAGAAACGCCCGAACAAGUCUCCAGAAUUCUAUAACACAACAGGGCUUUCAAAAGCUUCGCGAGGGAACUACACGAAAGCGAUUGCAGAUUAUAACAAGGCGAUCCAACUCAAGCCAGAUUAUGCUGAGGCGUACUAUAAUCGGGGACUCUCAAAUAUUGGGUUAGAGGAGUACGAUGAGGCUAUUGAAGACUUCAGUCAAGUCAUCGAGUUAAAUCCGGAGGAUGCUAAUGCCUAUGCACGGCGCGGUUUUUCAAGAAGCCUGAUCGGUGAAGCAUCCGCCGCUAUGAAGGACUUGGAUACCGCUAUCCGUCUAAAACCGGACUUAGCAGAAGCCUAUAACGCCCGAGGUGCUGUACACUAUAAUUUAGAGGACUAUGCGUCCACCAUUGAAGACCUUAACGAAGCAAUACGUCUCCGACCAGAUUAUGCCGAGGCAUACUAUAAUCGCGGGCUUGUAAAGAGCGACAUCAAGGACUAUGAAGCCGCCAUUGCUGACUUUGAUGAGGCAAUACGCUUAGAACCUACAAAUGACGAGGCGCAUUACAUGCGUGAAGUCGCCAUGGCAGCAUUACAAAGCAGUAAUCCAGUUUUCCCAAGUCUACAACUCGCAAAUCCCUUAAACCCUGAUGAUAUGCCGUUUGAUUUCGAGGAAUUUCUGGGGCUUGACGAAGAAGAAAUAGAAGAAUAUGAGGCUGCCGUUGAAGCCGCUAAUGAAGCAAUACGCUCAAACCCCGAAAAUACCGUAGCCUACUACAAUCGCGCUGUCGCUCAAAACAAUCUCGCCGAUUUUGAGGAUGCCAUCAGCGACUUUGAUGAAGCGAUACGUCAAGAACCAGAAUUUGUCGAGGCUUAUACUGGGAGAGCCUUCGCGAAGGAUAAACUUGGACACACCGAAGCUGCUAUCGCAGACUAUGACGAAGCAAUUCGACUAAAACCAGACUAUGCUGAGCCAUAUUUCAAUCGAGGAAUCAUAAGGGCUGAACUUCAGCAAUACGAAGCUGCUAUCGCUGAUUAUGACGAAGCAAUUCGACUUGAACCAGAGGUCGGGAUAGUCUACUUUACUCGAGGACUGAUAACUGCCACGCUUGCCGGAGAACCUAACAAGGAUAACAUCGAACUAUAUGAAACUGUUAUCGCUGAUUAUGAUGAAGCAAUUCGACUUGAACCAGAUUUCAUGCCAGCUCAUUUCAGUCGGGUUGCGACGAACGCCAUGCUUGGCAGAGAGGAUGCCGCUAACGCAGCCUUGGAAAAGAUGUUACAAUUUGAAAAUCCUUUUACACCUUUUAUAGAUAUAGAAGACAUCGAAGAUAUGGAAGACAUCGAAGAUAUAGAUACAAGUAUGAUAGAGAUUAUAGAUACAACAGAUAUAGAAGAAGAGGAAUAA